UUUCAGGUAACACAGAGCGUAGUUGUGUGUUGUUUUUGAGUUAAAGCAUAGUGAAUAUAUUCUUGGCAUGGGUGAAAACAUUUUCUUUUAGUGUUUGAUUACAGUAUGCUGUGGGUCAUGUGAAUAAAUAUUUUAAUGGUUAAAUUAGACAUUUUGGUGUUAAAAUGGUGGUUUGAACAAAGAUCACCAGUUUAAAAAAAAACACACACAUAAUGAUGCUCUGAUAUUUAGACCUACACUGUUCUGUCUGGUAGAUCCUCUUGCAACUCGUGCCCACUCCAUUUUCCCCUUUUCAUUUCGUUUUGUCAUGACUGAUAGUGCUGUUCCUUCUGUGCCAGCAAGUAUGAAUGAUGAAAAUCUGGAUAAGGGAAAGGUUGGGGGGAGGGCCAAUUAUCUUAUUGUUUAACCCACUCAUGGUAGAAGCCCAUCAAUCUGAAACCACUUGCUCAAAUGACUCAUGUUCAGCCUUUAUAAAAGUUUAAUUGGCUUAUAUAAUUAACACUGAGGGGAAAGACAUAUGUGUGAUGUAAUUUAGAGGGGAAAAAAUGACCUGUCUGGAUGAAAAGUGUGUGCAGGGGUAAGUAUUCUGAUUAUAAAAUCGAUUGCUGUUAUAAACAAAACACCACAAUCACAAUAUUAAAUUGAUUUCUGAUCUUUUUAUAAAUUGUAUUAUUUAAGAAUAGUUCUUAAAUAUAAUUAAGUUUGAUGAUUGUUUUCCUUUCUCUGUCUUCCUGAGCUGUCUGUUUGGCUGUUACCUAGGCACCACCGGCACCCUUGGGUGCUGCUCGCUGUGCAGGAGAAGGGAAGGGAGGGGGGGGCGUGUCAAGCCACACGGAUCUGUGUCACCUUCACUGAUACCUGUCCUACACCUUUCGGCGAUGACAAUAGAGUCAAAGAGCGGUGCAGUCUAAGGUAAAUGUAAUUUCUAGAAAUAUAGCGUAGGUGACGCUUUAAAGCACUGUCCUAUUUCCCGUGAUACCGCGCUUUUCCGAUGGCGUAGCUGAGGGGAGAUUAUGAGGAUUUAUGGUGACGUUGAGAGAUUAGUGGUCCAGGCAAAGCGUAGCAGACCCAGAAUGAAAUCGGCGAUGUUUUGACACCUAUGUCGGCACUGUAGCCUAAAGGCGCAUGUAAAGCGUCCUGCAGGAAAAGGUGAGGAAGCUGUAGCAGCGGGUAGAUACUGCAGUAGUAGGCUACACCGUCAUACUUGGCUGUUCGCGGUUACACGCUUUUUGCAGCUGGAGAGACUUUGCGCAGAAGCACGCACAGGCCGUUACGUGCCAGUAGCCUACUCUUGCUGAUAUCUUACAUUAAGUAGGCUACAUGCUGCUUCGAUCAGUGGAAUUCCCAUCGAAAAUAUACGAUGAAAGGUCAUUUCGCCCAUAACGAGCCCGUGUGCAAUUAUAGACUAGUCCCCGUUAAGUGCAAUAUGCGCUCUGUGCAAAACCUACAAUCAGUUUAAGCAGCUGGAAUGUUGUUUGAUGUGUGACAUUCAGAAAAUCCUCAUUCAGAGGAUGUUUUGUAAUAAAACUGCGACGUCAAACCCAGUCAUGCACACUUUUUUCUGCAAAAAAUGAUUGUCAAUCAAACAACCGAGAUGCCUGUAUUUGAAGGCCUAAUUGUUCACUCUCUCUAACCCCCAACUUUCUCUUUCACUUUGUCUCUCUAGCCAUGAGUCAGUUUCGGGCGUUGGCGGGUGUGGUGAGGGGCGGGUGUGUUGGGGGGAGUCAGUGGCUGCGAGGGUGGGGAGGGGGCCCGACCAGGCGCUGGGUUGAUCCCAGGAGAGGCUGCUCCUCCGGGUCUGCGCCUGUCCUCUCAGCGGUGGUCAGUAGCUCCAGCUAUGUGGAGGAGAUGUACUUUGCCUGGCUGGAGGAUCAUAAAAACGUCCACGAGUCUUGGGACGCAUUCUUCCGUAACAUCCAGGCCACCAGUCUGUCUGGCGAGGCGGGUGAGAGACGCCCCUCUGCUCUGCUUCAGGGCCGAGUGCUGUCCCACUCACCAGACAUGGCACAGAAAGUGGUGGAGGACCACCUGGCUGUGCACACUCUCAUUAGAGCCUACCAGAUUCGUGGUCACCAUGUUGCCCAGUUAGACCCUCUGGGAAUCCUGGAGGCUGACCUGGACUCUUUUGUUCCUUCUGACCUGAUCACCACCAUUGAUAAAUUAGGUUUCUAUGGUCUUGAUGAGUCUGACUUGGAUAGGAGCUUUCAACUGCCUCCCACCACCUUCAUCGGAGGAGAAAACACUACUCUUCCUCUUCGAGAAAUCAUAUGCAGACUAGAGACAUCCUACUGUGGUCACAUAGGGGUCGAGUUUAUGUUCAUUAACAACAUGGACCAGUGUCAGUGGAUUCGUCAGAAAUUUGAGACUCCGGGAAUCAUGCAGUCCACUAAUGCUGACAAGAGAACUUUGCUUGCCCGCCUGAUCAGAUCCACACGGUUUGAGGACUUCCUGGCCAGAAAGUGGUCAUCAGAGAAACGUUUUGGUCUGGAGGGCUGUGAAGUUCUAAUCCCUGCUCUUAAAACCAUUAUUGACAAGUCGAGCACUGCAGGCGUCGACAGUGUGAUCAUGGGAAUGCCUCAUCGGGGCCGACUGAAUGUCUUGGCCAAUGUGAUCCGUAAGGAGCUGGAUCAGAUCUUCUGUCAGUUUGACCCCAAGUUAGAGGCCGCUGAUGAGGGGUCUGGCGAUGUCAAAUACCACCUUGGGAUGUACCACGAGAGGAUCAACCGUGAGACAGACAAGAACAUCACGCUGUCACUCAUGGCAAACCCCUCCCACCUGGAGGCAGUGGAUCCAGUGGUUCAGGGCAAGGCCAAAGCUGAACAGUUCUACAGAGGAGACACUCAGGGAAAUAAGGUGAUGUCCAUCUUGAUACAUGGUGAUGCUGCUUUUGCUGGACAAGGUGUUGUGUAUGAGACUUUCCACCUAAGUGAGCUCCCUUCCUACACCACACAUGGUACAAUCCAUGUGGUGGUCAACAACCAGAUUGGCUUCACUACAGACCCUCGAGUGGCCCGCUCCUCCCCCUACCCCACUGAUGUGGCUCGGGUUGUCAAUGCACCCAUCUUCCAUGUGAAUGCCGAUGACCCAGAGGCUGUCAUGUACGUGUGCCGGGUGGCUGCAGAGUGGAGAUCCACCUUCAACAAGGAUGUCGUCAUUGACCUGGUUUCUUACAGGCGGUUUGGCCACAAUGAGAUGGAUGAGCCCAUGUUCACUCAGCCGCUGAUGUACAAACAGAUCCGUCGGCAGGAGCAUGUGCUGAAAAAGUACUCUGACAAGCUCAUUGCUGAGGGAGUGGUGACGCUGCAGGAAUUUGAGGAAGAAGUUGCCAAAUAUGACAAGAUAUGUGAGGAGGCAUACACCAGCUCCAAGGAUGAAAAGAUUUUACACAUUCGACACUGGCUCGACUCCCCCUGGCCAGAUUUCUUCACAGCAGAGGGAGAGCCCAAGAGCAUGAGCUGUGUCCCCACAGGACUGGAUGAGGAGGUUUUGCAGCACAUUGGCCAGACAGCCAGCUCAGUGCCUCUGGAAGAUUUUAAGAUCCAUCCUGGUGUGUCUCGUAUCCUGCGUGGUCGGGCUGACCUGGUGAAGAAUCGGCAGAUGGACUGGGCUCUAGGAGAGUACAUGGCUUUUGGUUCCCUUCUAAAAGAUGGCAUCCAUGUACGACUCAGCGGGCAGGAUGUAGAGCGGGGCACCUUUAGUCACCGUCAUCAUGUUCUGCACGACCAAGAGGUGGACAAACGUAUCUGUGUUCCCAUGAACCACCUGUGGGCUAACCAGGCUCUGUAUACUGUCUGCAACAGCUCCUUAUCAGAGUAUGGAGUGCUAGGUUUUGAGCUUGGCUUUGCCAUGGCCAGUCCGAAUGCUCUGAUCCUCUGGGAGGCCCAGUUCGGAGACUUCCACAACACAGCCCAGUGUAUCAUUGAUCAGUUCAUCAGCCCGGGCCAGGCCAAGUGGGUCCGCAACAAUGGUAUUGUCCUACUGCUGCCACAUGGGAUGGAAGGAAUGGGCCCAGAACAUUCAUCAGCUCGACCUGAACGCUUUCUGCAAAUGAGCAAAGAUGAUCCCGAUCACUUCCCUGAGUUCAAUGGAGAUUUUGAAGUCCAGCAGCUGUACGACUGUAACUGGAUUGUGGUCAACUGCUCCACGCCUGCUAACUACUGUCAUGUGAUCAGACGGCAGAUUUUGCUGCCAUUCAGAAAACCGCUGAUCAUUUUCACUCCAAAGUCUCUGCUGAGGCAUCCGGAUGCAAGGUCCAGUUUUGAUGACCUCGCCAAAGGCACUAAAUUCAAGAGGUUGAUUCCAGACGAGAGCCCUGCGAGUCAAAACCCAGCCCAAGUGAAGAGGGUGAUCUUCUGCACUGGCAAAGUCUACUAUGAACUGGUUAAAGAGAGGAAACAGCAAAAAUUGGAGACAGACAUCGCCAUCAUCAGACUUGAACAGAUCUCUCCAUUCCCGUUUGACCUGGUCAGAGCAGAGGUAGAGAAGUAUGCCAACGCUGAGCUGGUCUGGUGUCAGGAGGAGCACAAGAACAUGGGCUACUAUGAUUACGUCCGGCCACGUUUCCUCACUGUGGUGGCCAACAAGAAACCCAUUUGGUAUGUGGGACGGGACCCUGCAGCUGCUCCUGCGACAGGGAACAAGUCCACCCACCUGAAUGAGCUGAAGAGGUUUAUGGACACAGCUUUCAACCUGAUCGCCUUCCAGGGGAAGGACUUGUAAUUGAGAACUGGAACACGAACCAGGCAGGAGGUGCAGUUUCAUCUCCAACCACCAUGGUCUAUUUAUUAAGUCUUGAUGUGGCAAAUUGGCACAUUUUAAACCUCUUUUAGCUUUGUGACAAUCUGGAGCAUAGCCUAGUGUUUUUAGUAAACAUCAUUACAACCUUUGAUAAUCAUAUCUGAAAGAUGAGUCUGCAACGCUAACUGACUUAUGCCUGGAUCAGACUGCGCAACAUUUGAUGUCUUUUGUGAUGGUCUCUAUGUCAGAGUAAGUGACUUGGAGCCAUGCCAAAUAGAUGUUGAAUCCCGACCAAUCAUAGCUUGCAGUCUUUCACAACCUGCAACAACUUUGAUGUCAGAAGCAUCAUAAAGCACAACUAGGCAAGAGAAAGCUAAACAAAUUUAGACGUACUAGUCUUUCCAGGGCCUCGUGUCCUAAAGGCAGAAUCACUUGUCUUUUACUGUGACACAUUACGACGAUAAAUUGUUGUGCAUUGUUGUUCCCUGGCCAUGCCUUAUGUCAAGUGAAAUCAAAUAAUUUUUAUUUAUAUAGCUGCAAAUCCCCCUCUAUCACCCUUUAUCCUGAUACCCUUGAUUUGGAUGAGAAAAACCUCCCCAAAAACACCUUGUCUGUGGCAUCAGGCCAUUUUCGGGCCAGCAUCAUGUAGCCCUACUAGACACAUAUAUUUUUAGCCUCUAAAUGGUGCUUCAGCUCCAACACCUUUAUUUCAAAAUAAAAAAGAUUAUACAAACAUUAAAUAUAAUCACUCAGUCACAGAAUUGUCACCUAGUUGAGGGGUGAAGUAGCAAUAGUACACUCUUUGUACCCUUAAUAACAUUCACACACCAAAAUUCUGAUUUGUGACAAUCACUGUUAUUGGAGUAGCUUUAGUACUGUAGAUACCUCCAUUGCUGCCAUGCUGAAUACUAGUAUAUGUUAGUAGUAUUUGUUUGUAUUUGCAUUAAUUUUUAUAGAUUUAAAGAUGAAUAGCAGAAAUUAUCAGACGCACAUAAAACACCAUCUGGUGUACGUAUGAAUGCGAAUCACAUAUCACAGGUAUGAAGACUGUUCUGAAAUUUAACACAGCAGUAGGUUUAGUGCCUGUAUUUGCUUUGGCUACCUUUGCUGUUAGUGAGGAGUCUGUAUUUAUUGUCACACCUCACUUCACCAGGAGACAUGAGCCAGCUGGCACAGAGACUUGCAGCCAUGUUUUCUACUUAGGACAUAAGGCUCAGAUUCCUCUUCGGAGUCUGAGGGAUGCACACACACAUAAACACAGCAAAGCUUUGGAUGCUUUGAGAGCAAUAUUGACGCUUAGUUGUCACAUUAAAAUCUCCAGGUAUUUAACAAUAUUGAUAUUAGCUAACACUGUGCUUAGAAAUGCUCCAUAAAAUGAUGCUCCCUGUUAAGCUAUACACGUCCAGCUGGGAGAUAUAACCAUAAGCCAUGCACAAACUUUUACAUAUUUAAUUAUUUAAAAAAUAAAAAAAGGUCUACUUGUGUUAUUAUUACAUAUUAGUGUGGCAUUGAAACAUGCACAACUUAUACUGGGAAUAAUAAAAUAUAUUUAAAUUUAAUAACAUGCUUUCAUCAUGAUGUUUGGUUGUACAUGAAAAUUGAAGACAUAGAAAGAUAGUGCUGUGUGAUUGACAUUACAGUCAGUUUGCUAACUUUAUGACUCUUUUCUAGUUGUAUACUGUUAUACUGUGCUGCUGCUUUCAUUUACCGUUAUUCCAUACUUGUCACUUGUGGCCACAGUGGCCGUUGUUGCAAUAAUGUACUGUCCAUGGAGUUAAACCCAUCACCAGCAGCACACCUGUGAAUUCAUGCACCGAUACAAAUAAAAAUACAAUAAGUAUA